UCCCACCCCGCCGCGGGCCGGGGGAGCCCAGCGGCGCCGAGCGCGGCGCCCCGGGGCGGCUCCGCAGCCGGCGGGGAUGUCGUGCGCCGUCCCGGCGGCGGCGGGGGGCAGCGCGCUGCCUCGGAACGCGGCGGCCGAGGGCAGCCAGCAGAGUCAUGAAGAAGACGACAGGAAGGUAAGGAGGAGAGAAAAAAAUCGAGUUGCUGCACAGAGGAGCCGGAAGAAGCAAACUCAGAAAGCAGAUAAACUUCACGAGGAAUAUGAGUCUCUUGAGCAAGAGAAUACCUCCCUGAAAAGAGAAAUCGGAAAGCUAACAGACGAAAUGAAACACUUGAGUGAAGUGUUGAAGGAUCACGAAAAGAUCUGUCCACUAUUGCACUGCACCAUGAACUUUGUGACCGUACCAAGGCCUGAUGCACUCGCCAGCUGCCUGCCAAGAUGAGACCUCUCCUUGAUUGCCUUUAAAUGUGAUGUGUGAAAGUGCUGUUAAACAAGGGAGAUUUGAAGAACUGCCUACUUACGGUGCAGGUAUUCCAUCAAAGACAGCUGAACUUGACCAUGCAGCUCUUCUCCACAUUGAAGUGUUAUAGUCUUCUGAAUCUCAGGAAAACACCAGUAUGGAAAAAAAGACAACUUGAACUGUGACUUCUUAUUUGGUAGAAUCUUCGAGCCACGGUUUUGCAUUCAGAAAUGUCAAAGUGCGGUGCAGCCCACCAUCGCGCGAUGGAAUGUAGACAGAGAAAAGUACUGACCCUGGGCAGGGAUGCCUUUCUCCCACACGUCCACUGCCAGUAACCCUUUGUCACUUGUCAUCCAUGUAUAUCACGUUCUGGCUGCCGGUUUUCUUUUUUUCUUUAAACAGGUUUGGUUAAUAAAAGCAAUGUCCCAUCUUUA